AUGUCAAGUAAGAAUCUUCCACCUGUGCGCCAUUUGCCACAAUGGAGCCGAGUUGGGCGUCUCGGGAAGCCUUGUUCUCCGCGACGUUUAUCGGAGAACCAGCUGCAGCCACUGCCUGCUGUCUCUGCGGCGGACAGAAGAGUGGUGAGAGAGCCGGAGUUGUCCUGUCACGGACAAUCGGACCCCCGCGUCGCAUCGUUGCAGAGGAAUAUCCAGUUCCUGCAGCAGCAACACAAGGACACUCUUGAAAAGCUCCAUGCAGAAAUAGAGUAUCUCAGGCGGGAGAAUAAAGAUUUGCAAUAUAAGCUGAUAAUGGAGGCUCCCAGGUCAAGUAGAAAAGGGCCGAUACACAGUCGACCAAGCAUAAGACCACCCACUCAGGGAAGUGAAGAGCGUACAGGAAUCUACCUGGAGGAACAGCUGCAGGACACACGACCCUUACAGGACCAGACACUAAGCAUUGGAGAGUGCAGCGAAAUUCUUGGAUCUUCCAAGCAGGACCAUGGCUCAGAACCAAAGGGGGGCCUCAUCACCUCAUUACAGCCUCUACGAAUUCACAGCAGUGCGUUCCAUCCACCGCGUGCUCCCACACUGCAGGAGUGUGAGGUCAUCAUCCGACAGCUCUACAAUGCUAACAGUUUGCAGUCUCAGGAAAUUAUACGUGUGAAGGCAUUGCUGAGAGACAUUGUGCUGAGCAAGAAAAUCACCCCAGAAAACUAUAUUCUGACCAAGACCUACCUUGUUGAUGGAACCCGCAAAUCUUCAGAAGAAAAGAAAUUUCCAAAACUUGGUCUGCAAACACUCCCAGAAAAACCGCCUGGACACUCUCACUCUGGGGUGAUCUUCCCAGCACUGAAACAGAGCUUAGGUCCCAACAUUGCAGAGAGACAGAGGAGGACUCGGGCUGUGCAGAGAGACCGUUUCAAAAGGACGGUGCGGUGACAGGAUCAAAACUACCACAG